AUGACACCAGAAGAAUACGAAGCGCUCUCGCCCGAGCAGCAAAAGGCGCAUGACGAGUCGGAGCGCGCUCGCGAAGCCUCCGAGCAGGCCGCUCUCCCCUAUAAGUGGAAGCAGCAGCUCGACAUUGUCGAAAUCUCGGUCCCCGUUCCGCAAGGCACCAAGGGGCGCGACCUCAUCGUCGAGCUCAAGAAGCGCAAGAUCAAGGUCUCGCUCAAGGGCAAGGAGUCCAUCUUCGAAGGCGAGCUGGCCAAGGACAUCAAGGAGGAGGACAGCACGUGGACCAUCGAAGACGGCAACUCGGUCGAGAUCCAACUUGAGAAGAUGAACAAGAACGAGUGGUGGCCCAACGUCGUCACUCACCACCCCAAGGUGGACACCACCAAGAUCGUACCGGAGAACUCCAAGUUGAGCGAUUUGGAUCCAGAGACAAGGGCAAUGGUCGAGAAGAUGAUGUUCGACAACAGGCAGAAGGCCAUGAACAAGCCGACCUCGGAUCAGAUUCAGCAGCAGGAGAUGCUGGCAAAGCUCGCAAAGGCCAACCCCAACAUCGACUUUUCCAACGCCAAGUUCAACUCGUCCACAUGA